GACUUACCCUACUUCCCAUGUCUGUCGCAGGUCCUCGCAGUGUUCUCCUUACGAAUGACGACGGCCCUCCAGAUUCCCGUGAAUCGCCAUACGUAUUCGGAUUUUACAAGUAUCUCACCCGCAACCUUGGAUGGAAUGUAAAGGUUGUCUUGCCAAGUUCCCAAAGAUCCUGGAUCGGCAAGGCAUACCAUAUCAAGGAGAUAACGAAGGGAAACUACUUCUAUCCAAGAGAGCCCGCAGAUGGCCACGGCGAAACGUCCCCGACUCCGCGGCCUUUGAAGGAGAAUGAAGUGGCGGAGUGGAUCCUUCUGGAUGGUACACCGGCAACAUGUUCAAACAUAGGCUUACACAACAUUUAUCCCAACAUGAUUGAUCUAGUGAUUUCCGGCCCCAACCUUGGACGCAAUUCUUCCUCCGCCUUCGCUCUCUCAUCUGGCACAAUUGGAGCGGCAAUGUCUUCUUCUCUCUCCAAAGUGCGGUCCAUUGCGAUCUCGUACGGAACCGUUCUCUACCCCACCCCCGAGGCACUUUUUGAACCAGCUCAUUCCCUCGCCACAAACAUUAUUAGCCAUCUUUGGCAAAACUGGGGUGGAGAUGAGGACGGCUUGAGAGGACCAGAGGUCGAUCUCUAUAAUGUCAAUGUCCCACUUAACAUGGACCUCUUAACUGAUAGCGGGCUUCCGAUCUACUGGACGACGAUGUGGAGAAAUUCAUAUGGUCGAUUAUUCAAGCAAGUAACAUCGGACCCGUUCGAGACUCAGGAAGUCGACCCCGCAGGCCCAGACACGGCUGCACUACACUCUGAACCUGCCAAGGACACCUCAGAUUUUCCUGUUGGUGAACUGGUGUUCAAGUUCUCGCCGCAGAUGGACGGCCUGAUCAACCCAUCGCCAUCUUCCCUCACCAUUGGUAGUGAUGGAUGGGCGAUCCACAAGGGAGUAGUCAGCGUGACUCCGUUGCGAGCCAGCUUUGCAGAACCACCUCAGGAAUUAGAUCCAAAAGACGUCGACAAACGCCGCUGGAGGAUGAAACUAUAA